CCAAAGUUCUGUCAUUCAGAACAACUAUUUGAUCGUUAAAAAUCUCGUUUACAAGCUGCGCGUUCAAUAUGUCGACAGGAAAAUUGAAAAUGUACAUCAACCGUAGUAUGAGAGGGUGUGAUAUGCGUGCGAUUUCGCCUGGCGCCUUAUUGAAACGCGCAUGGCCAAGGAAACGGCGCGUACAUAUUUAAGGGCUGAUCCCUCGCGAAUGUCGCCACUAUCAUCGUUGCCUUGGAUCUUACCACCAACCACCUUUCCUUAUAUUCUCCAUUUGUCACGAAGUGUCCAGUGAGCCAGCAUCCAGAAGGACCAUCCCCUUCGCAGUUUCUGUGACAGUCGUGUAAUAUCUUGGACUUCUGUGUUUGUGAACAGGCAACAGCAUAAUGGGUUCAUCGAUUAUGAUCCUCCUUUCAAUAAUAACCAUCGGGGUAUUCUACACCAAUGUGAUAGCAGCACUACCAACGCGAUGCAAUCCUGGUUUUUUGGACGAACUUCCACCAAGGAUCCGUAAGGUGUGCGCCGCUCUUUCUAGGCUAUACGAACUUGGAUCAGAAAUGGAAAGUUACAUUGAUGACAAAGAAAAUCAUAUAAUAGGAUUUCACGAGAGCAUCCCAUUACUAGACAGCGGCGUUAAAAGACAGGAUGUUGAUCACGUUUUCCUACGCUUUGGAAGACGUCGUUAGAUGUCGUGCAAAUGAUGCUUCACACUUAAAAUCGAACAGUUCGAUUCACCGCAUCGUCAAGCUAUGAAAGAAUGUC